AUACUGUAUUGCCAUUUUCUUUGCCCUACAUAAGCAAACAUACCAUUUCGAGUUUUGGGUCACAUUAGAUUCAAUUACAGGUUGAGAACCAGGCAAUGGGAAAGGUUAUCACUUGCAAGGCUGCUGUUGCAAGGGGUCCGAGUCAACCUUUGGUCAUAGAAGAGGUCCAAGUCGACCCGCCCAAGAGGACUGAGAUCCGGAUUAGAAUUCUCUUCACCUCAAUAUGCCACACUGAUCUUGCUGCUUGGAAAGGCGAGAAUGAAUCUCAGAGAGCAUAUCCUCGAAUUUUGGGGCAUGAGGCCUCUGGGGUCAUUGAGAGCGUCGGCGAAGAGGUAACGGAUCUGAAACCGAGGGAUCAUGUGAUUCCAAUCUUUCAUGGAGAAUGCGGCGAUUGUGUUUACUGUCAUCACCCGAGCACGAACAUAUGUAAGAACUUUGGGGUUGAUCCGAUGAGGAAAGAGAUGCCGAGCGAUGGGAAAGUUAGGUUUUGGAGCAAGGGUCGCGGUGAGCCGAUAUACCAUUUCCUCAACACAUCGACCUUCAGCGAGUACACAGUUAUCGACUCCUCUUGUGUCGUUAAGUUCGACCCCCGUCUGCCCCUCAAGAAGUUGAGCUUAUUUAGCUGCGGAGUCUCCACCGGCGUCGGCGCCGUCUGGUUUACGGCCAACGUGCAGGCUGGACAGAAGGUGGCCGUCUUUGGAUUGGGCGCUGUAGGGCUUGCAGUUGCAGCAGGAGCCCGAGCCAGAGGGGCAUCCCAAAUUAUAGGUGUUGACAUAAACCCCAAUAAAUUCGAGAAGGGUAAGGCAAUGGGAAUCACGGACUUCAUCAACCCAAAUGAGCUCCAAAAACCUGUCCACGAGGUAGUCAAGAAACUGACCGGAGGCGGUGCAGAUUACAGCUUCGAGUGCACUGGGAACUUGCAGAUUCUCCGGGAAGCCUUCUUGUCCACCCAAAUGGGUUGGGGUUUGACCGUGCUAGUGGGAGUCCAUGCAAAACCGGACACGCUCCCGAUCCACCCGAUGGAGCUCUUCUCCGGACAAAGCCUCAAGGGCUGCAUCUUCGGAGGCCUCAAGGGCAAAACUCAACUCCCGAGCUUCGCCGCCCAGUGCUUGGAAGGGGCUGUGAAUUUGGACGAGUUCAUCACGCACGAGCUUCCCUUUGAGAGGAUUAACGAAGCGUUUCAGCUCCUGAUCGAUGGCAAGUCCUUGAGAUGUGUUCUUAAACUCUGAUUAGCCCAAUGGACCCAAGAAUUGUUUAGUUGAUGUGAUGAAUUUAUCGUAUAUAAAAACUUUUUUUAUUACACCAUGUGAUCAUUUAGAAAACUCUAUGUAUGCGUGUAUGUAAUAAGAGUAGUCUCACAGUGGAAGAUAAAAGCGGUGCCUGUCAAGGGAUAUUUCAAUUGAGAUCCAUUGUGUAAACUACUUUAUUACUAGUAAUUAA